UGGACUUGGGCGGCGCUGCCCGGUGGCUCGGCCCGGCGGGAGCGCCCCGGCCACGCUGCGCCCGCGCCGUCCGCGCCGAUGCAGCCGCCCCGGGACGAGGCCCCCGGGGACGCGGCCGAGGACGCCCAGUGGUCCAGGCCCGAGUGCCAGGUGUGGACGGGGACGCUGCUGCUUGGGACUUGCCUGCUGUACUGCGCCCGUGUCAGCAUGCCGGUCUGCGCCGCCACCAUGAGCCAGGACUUCGGCUGGAACAAGAAGGAGGCCGGCGUCGUGCUCAGCAGCUUCUUCUGGGGCUACUGCCUGACUCAGGUGGUGGGCGGCCACCUGGGGGACCGGAUCGGGGGUGAGAAGGUCAUCCUGCUGUCGGCCUCCGCCUGGGGCUUCAUCACCGCCGCCACCCCGCUGCUUGCCCACCUCGGCAGCGCGCACCUGGCCUUCCUGACCGUCUCUCGCAUCCUCACGGGCUUGCUCCAAGGAGUUUACUUCCCUGCACUGACCAGCCUGCUGUCCCAGAAGGUGCGGGAGAGCCAGCGAGCCUUCACCUACAGCACCGUGGGGGCCGGCUCCCAGUUCGGGACGCUAGUGACGGGGGCUGUGGGCUCCCUGCUGCUGGACUGGUACGGCUGGCCGAGCGUCUUCUAUUUCUCGGGUGGGCUCACCCUGCUGUGGGUGUGUUACGUGUACAGAUGUCUGCUGAGUGAGAAAGAUCUCAUCCUGGCCGUGGGCGUCCUGGUGCAGGGCCUGCCGGUGUCCAGACACACCAAGGUGCCGUGGAGACAGCUCUUCCGAAAGCCUUCUGUCUGGGCGGCCAUCGUCUCCCAGCUCUCGGCGGCCUGCUCCUUCUUCAUCCUCCUCUCCUGGCUGCCGACCUUCUUUAAGGAGACCUUCCCCAGCUCCAAGGGCUGGGUGUUCAACGUGGUGCCCUGGCUGGUGGCCAUUCCUGCCAGUCUGUUCAGCGGGCUUCUCUCCGACCAUCUCAUCCAUCAGGGUUACAGGACCAUAACUGUGCGGAAGUUCAUGCAGGUGAUGGGCCUGGGCCUGUCCAGCGUUUUCGCCCUGUGUCUGGGCCGCACCUCGAGCUUCUGUAAGUCUGUGGUCUUUGCAUCGGCCUCCAUCGGCCUCCACACCUUCAACCACAGUGGCAUUUCCGUUAAUAUCCAGGACCUGGCUCCGUCCUGUGCCGGCUUUCUGUUUGGCGUGGCCAACACAGCUGGGGCCUUGGCAGGUGUCGUGGGCGUGUGCCUGGGCGGCUACCUCAUCGAGACCACAGGCUCCUGGACGUCUGUGUUCAACCUGGCGGCCGCCGUCAGCAGCCUGGGGCUGUGCACCUUCCUCGUGUUCGGGAAGGCCCAGCGGGCGGACCUGAGCCCCGCGCACGAGGACCUCUAGCCGCGCCCCCCCGCCCCCCCCGCCCGUCCCCAAGGACCCGGCGCCGUCAGCCUCUGGGAACAGGGCC